AUGUAUAAUAACCAAAUUACUAAGGGUGUAUUAUUGCCAAUAAAUUUUCAGUUUAAAAAAUUCUUUGAACAUGAUAACAACUUAGAUAAAACUUUAACAAUCUAUGAACAAUUGACAAAGAACACAAAUAAUGAAACAGAAAUAAAACAUUUUGUACAAGGAAAAUUGUGGCAAGAAAAAACUUUACCCUACCGGGGUAAAAUUACAAUCCCCUAUUUUAUGUACAUAGAUGACUUCGAAAUCAAUAACCCGUUAGGGUCGCAUGCUUCGGUUCAUUCUAUUUCAGCUAUAUACUAUAGUUUUCCCUUAUCUGACCAAUCAAAAUUAAUAAACAUUCAUUUAGCUGCUUUAAUUAAAGCUGCUGACGUUAAAGAUUUUGGAAAUGAUUUAUGUUUUAAUAAAUUGAUACAUAUAUUAAAUGAUAUUGAAGUAAAUGGUAUCAACAUAACAACUUCAAAUGGUGUCAAAAAAGUUCAUUUUAUUUUAGGACUGUUUAUUGAUGACAAUUUAGGAAUAAACGCUAUCAGUGAAUUUAGCAGAUCAUUUUCUUCCAAUUUCUUUUGUAGGUUUUGUAAAGCUCAUAAAACUGUAACGCAUAAACUAUGCAAAGAAAAUAAUUCACUACUUCGUAAUUUAGUCAACUAUGCUGAAGAUGUUGCAAUUAAUGAUUUAAAGUUAACUGGGAUUUCUAAAGAAUCAAUUUUAAAUAAAAUUGUUUCUUUUCAUGUUACAACUAACUAUAGUGUUGACAUGAUGCAUGAUAUAUUCGAAGGCAUUUGUCAUUACAACAUGUGUCAUAUAAUCAACUACUAUACUAAUGUAGUAAAAAUUUUCUCACUUGAUUUACUAAACUAUAGAAAACAGAAUUUCAAUUAUGGUGCAAUUGAAAUAGGAAAUAUCUCACCUAUUAUUAAAUCAACUCAUUUAAACAAUUUUCACUUAAAAAUGUCAGCACGCGAAAUGAUGACUUUCGUUUAUUAUUUUCCGUUAAUGGUAGGAGACUUAGUUCCUGAAGAUGACAAUGUUUGGUUAUUUUUCUUAAAUUUUUUAGAAAUUAUUCAAAAUUUACUAUCAAGUCAAAUGUCUGAUGGCUCUAUUUUCCACCUUCAACAAAUGAUAGAAAAACAUAAUUCAGAAUAUGUCUUAUUAUUCAAUGAUAAUUUAAAACCUAAAUUUCAUUUAUUGAUACAUUAUCCAACAGUUAUAAAGUAUUCUGGGCCUCCAAAACAUUUUUGGUGUUUCAGAUAUGAAGCUGAGCAUAAAGAAAUGAAAUCAUAUGCCCAUGCAAUAACAUCCCGUAAAAAUAUAACUUUAUCGUUGGCUAAAAAAUUUCAAUAUAAAUUUUCAUACAGCAUUCUACAAUCCUCAUUUAACACUGAAAUAAUUACAAAUAAAAUACAUGUUAACUCUAGUAAUUAUACUCAACUUAUUUUAAGAAAUUUAAAUUUAACUAGUGACCAGUUUAUGUGUUAUUCACAAAUGGAAUUUAAGGGUACAACAUAUAAAGUAGGAUACUUUUUAACAAAUUUUAUUGAUGAAUUGUGUCUUUAUGAAAUUUUAGAAAUAUUAGUAAUAAAAAAAAACUAUAAAGUUAAUUUUAUUGUUCAACAAAUUGAAAUAGAUUUAUAUAACUCUCAUUUAAAAUCAUACCAGAUAAAUAAAACCAAAAAUAUUAUUUUAAAAAAAAUAUUAAGUCCUGGGGAAUGUAGUGGACCACCAGUAAAUUUACAUGAACUCCCCAACGGCAACAUAAUGUUAAGAUUAAAGGAAUAUUAUUCAGAUUGA